CACGGAUCACACAGCUCUCUCCCGUUGGAGAAUUCCCUCGUUGGAGUGAUAACAAGGAAGAAUCGGUCAGAGAAAACGCUAUUUUUGCAUUUUGGGCAUGGAGGCGGAGGACCCCAUAUCUGCCAAAUUUCGGACUCUCAUUGAGUCACUUAUGGUGAAAACAACAUCAGAGAUUGUGAAGGUUUUUUCUGAAGUAGUCUUGGAGACUAGAGUGGAAAUUUCCCGUAGCUGGAAAGAAAUUGAUGAGCUGAAGCAGAAGUUAGAAGUGAGUGAGGAGCAGAGGGCUGAUGCUAUUUUGAGAAGUGAAACAACUGUUGACUUCAAAGGAGAAACGGAGGAGGUAUCCGUGUCACACGGGAGCCCUCAAAUUGCUGUUUCAGAUGCUAGUACUGUUUGCUCAGUGGACAGAGGAAGCGAGGAUGUAGUGCAAAUAUCUAAGGAUACCACUGUUGAGAACCCAGAGAUCACAGAGAGCAGUGUGGUGGUUCAUGAACCAACAACUUCACAGACAACACCAGAUAUAUGUGAUGUUAACCCAUCUAUAAACAGUCCAAACCACACCCAAGAUAUCCAAGUGUCCCAGACUGUAGUUAAACGUAAAAGAGGUCGGCCUGCUAAAUCAUCCAAAGUCACAGAACUUCAAAAGGCGGCACAAACUGAAGUGGUGUCAAAAUUGCCACUCCAGGCUAUUUCAGUGGUUGGCCCUCAGCUCCCCUCCUCUAGUACUGGCAUAAUAAUACUCAGUAAGAACAGAGGUAAGAGGGGAGCAGUGGUGACAAGGAAAAAAUACAUCCAAAAAAGAUUGGCCCACAAAAGUAGCAUCACUGUUACACCCACACUCCGUGACAGACAGCUCCUUAACAGCCAGAGGCCUUGUUUGUGCUGCUUGUCAGACCAAUGCUCAGAGCAAGCGAAGAGGCUAAAAAACAAUCCCCAGGUUGUUCUACAAUCAUACUCCUGCAGGAAAUGUGGGAAUAAGUUUUAUGAACGGAUGCAAUUCAAAGGCCACAAAUGCUCCACUGUGCAUGAGUGCAAGAGGUGUGGACAGACAUUCAAAAGUCUGAGGAAUCUUGCUGCACACAGCCGGAGUGUCCAGUCUUCAACCAAGCCAUUCCCUUACUGCUGCUACCUUUGUGGUCAUAUGUUUGCUACCCAGUGUGGUUGGAAUAUGCACAAGAGGAUUCAUGCCCAUUCUAAUCUUGCUGAGAACCCUCUCCAAGACAACCCCAAGCCCCCUCAGCUUACACUGCCCAAAGAACUUAAGGCAAAGGUGCAGGUUCGCUUGGAGAGGAUUUCAGAUGCUCAGUUGGAAGCUGCCUUGUGCCCAAAAAACUCUUUAUUGCAAGAAGAAAAAUCCAGCCUGAGCUCCAUGGCCAUGGAGCCGAACCUGCCCUCGGCAGUGGAAUCCCUUUCAUCUAGCGUGGAUACCAAUGUGCCAUCAGCAGACAGAAUUAUGAGUGCACUUGCGCCAAGCAGGGAAUCUGGCUCUCAGACCAUGACCACAGGUAUCUUGGGUUCUAGAUCAGGACCUGGGACAAAUGAAAAUGUGAAGCAGUCAGAUGAUAAGAUGAGAGAUUCUGUCAUUCCAGCUGCCUCUGGUGAAAUCCGGCCAACAAAAAAGGAGAGUUGCUCAAAAUCCUUGACUGUACCUAUUGUUGCCAGUGAGGAAUGUAAAGAAGGAUCUUCUGGUGGAAGUGAUGAAUUAACACAGGGAUUAAAUUCACUUUCAAGAAAGCGGAAAAUGUCAGAUUGCAAUCAUGAUGUGUACAAUGGAGUGUUUCCUGUUGAGAAAAUUCUAAGAUGGCGAAACACAAAGGGCCGAAAUGAAGUCAGAGUUAAGUGGAUGCCUUGCUCAUUAUGCGGCGCAAAAUGGAAAAACACAUGGGAGCCAGCUGAAAGUUUUACCUCUUACAAGGACAGCAGAAAUGAAGAUGCAAAAUGAAAAAUCUGAAACGCAAAUAAACAGAAUUAAAAUUUCAUUCUGAGUACAAACACUAUAGUUAAAUUUAAACAUUGUGUUGUAAUAUAUUUAAGGUUUCCAGUCACUCUAAUGUUAUCUGGAUCCAUAUAAAUGAAGCAUCUCUGUAAAGUUACUCAUUUCAAUUUCUAAUGAGCUGUAUGUGUUUGGAGACAUCAGCCAUUGUGUUCUGGGAGAUUUUAUCUAAACACCAUUACUGCGUGACUUAUCUCAACAUGCUGUGUCCUCUUAAAACAAAAAGAGUUCAAAACAGCCAAAAGGUGACAAUUUAAUGUCUGUUAAAUUGUCCAUUUUAAAUUGUUCAUUGGUUUGCUGCAUCAUAAAGGCAGUGGAAGGUUUGUCAGUUUGUUACAUUUUGUUAAAGAAUAUCCUCUCAGAAUUGCCACCUUACAUUUCUGUCGGAGUAAUGAAAAGUUUAGUUUCAGUUAAUGAACGAAUUCUGGAUUAUUUUAGUUACCUUUUGGAAUGUUACAAACUACAUAGUGUUGUGUGCUUUUUGGUGAUCAGUGUCCAUUGUUCAGAGACACACCAUGCUUUCCUCCAUAUGAGAGCUAGGUAUUCUUGCUUUAUUUAAAAUGUACAAAAUUAUAUAUAUAUAUUGAGAAGUAAGUGGUCAAGUUGUGUGCAAUUUGUCUCUAGAACCAUUGUGGUUUCACUUUUUACUUUGAAGGCCUUAAGAUGAUUUUGUAUCAGCUGAUUAAUGACUGACUUUUAAAACAAGUGUUUACAUGAUGUUGUUAGUGUGCACAACAUGAUCAUAAGUUUAAAACACUUUCUGCAAGUUUUUUAGUCACUUUAUGCAAAUUACCUAAGCCAGUUCCAUGCUGUGUUGCUUUAACAAAAACAUUGCUGUUGAAUCUGAGUUGCUGCAGAAUAUUACAUGUGCAGUACGUAGAUGUGAACUAAAUUUUAAAAACUGCUUAAUGUUCUACAGUUUAGUAUCUCUUCAUCUUGUGCAAUUGUGCAGUUAUAACCUGUAGCUCCAAAGAAUGUUUUUUUUUUUAAACUAUAAAAUGGUUACCCUUUUAUAUGUAAGCUCUUUGUGUCUUUGUCUGUUUGAAAUAUUGCCCCAGGGAUCUUCAUUAUUGUUGUCAGUGUGGUAACCUGAUCACAGUGACUAUAUGUAAUUUUAAUGUGAAUAUUAUCUUUUUUGCUCCUUUGUUAUACUUCCUUAUAAUCAGCUAAUGGUAGUGAAUGAAUUCCAAAUAUCUUACAUUUCUAAGAAAUUAUUCACAUCAGCACAUCCAGGCACAACAUAUUUGUAUAGUUAGCCACUACACGCAACAAAUAGACUUGUCACAGUUACAUAAUUGCUUGAUUGCAAAUAUUUGCAAGUAACGUAGCUUACAGAAGUCUGUAUUUCAGUAAAGGGAAACAAAUAUUAA